GAUGAGAACAGGUGUAUGACAACACAGGAGUAGAUGAGCUCAUAUAAAUAACACUGGACAAAUUAACUGUUUGUAAAUCAAAAUCGGCCAAAAAUUGGGACUUAUUUCGGAUACAUUUGGUAGAACCUGUGUUAUCAGUCUAAAAAAAAAUCUGUGGAGACAACAUAUCUUGUUGUCCCUGUAUAUUAGAACCAGGACGUAACUUCACUGUGUAUUCCGUCUGGACUGAUUCAAUCUACGUGAUCAAACACAGGCUGUUGGGGUGUUUAGGACUAGUUUCUGGGUGUUACAAUGCCUGUACUUUGCCAGGAAAAUAACAUGUUUCCAACCGGUCGCCAUCCCUCCCCCGUCACCAACUAUACAUACGGACAUUUCCCUGGGUACCAGGGCACCCAGUACACUUCACAGACCCAGGACUUUUCUCAGUAUGUGGAUCCUAACACGGCAUUACAACAACAGUACACGUACGGGGUGACGGGAUCUAGCCCGUCCAUGGCCCGACCCCAGGGGAUGGACGAAUGGAUGAACUAUUCUGGGAUGCCGACAACCACAACCUCCUCCUACAGUCCACAGUCAAUGCACUAUUCGUACCGCCCCGGGGGUAUGGAUUACAACCAACACCAGGCUCCCUUGCCCCAGGGGAAUCAGACCCUUACGAUCCUGGGGAGUUCCCCCCAGUCCGAGGGGUCCCCCACCUCCACCACUUCCUCCGGGAGUUCCGGGUCGCCGUCCAAUAAGCAGCUCAGACCCCCAUUCGACUGGAUGAAGAAAGCCUCUUACACGACUAGUACUCCAAGUGCAGGAAAGACUCGAACCAAGGACAAGUACCGCGUGGUGUAUAGUGACCACCAGCGCCUGGAGUUGGAGAAAGAAUUCCACUACAGUCGGUACAUCACAAUCCGCCGGAAGUCCGAACUGGCCCAGACCCUAGCACUGUCCGAACGCCAGGUCAAGAUCUGGUUUCAAAAUCGUCGCGCCAAGGAGAGGAAGCAAAACAAGAAACGUGAGGAUGGCGGGAAAUCAUCAACGGAAGUAGGUCUCCACAAUGAGGCUAUGGGUGAAGUUCAGGGUAUGUCACUUCCGCUGAACAAUAUACACAUCAAGUCCGACCCCAGCGACGACUACUGCCAGUCCACCACACACAUGCAGGACCAAGGCCAAGGUCACAUGGUUCAUCCGACCUCACCACUCCACGUGAACACAACACGCGAUACGUCACCACUGCACGUGCCCACGAUAAAAAUGGACCCAAGUGAACUUGUGACGCAACAUGCGUGAUGACAGUGUACUGGAUAUUAAUUGUGCAAUUUUACUUUACUGUCCAUCAGGAUCGCCUCUGGGAGUUCACAAUGAUCAUUGAACUGGACAGCGUUUGUGAACAAGACAACCAUAAGUGAACUAGUAAGCUAGAAACCCGAUGUGAACUAGACAAACCCAUGGUCAAACAUUCAUGACGAGGGUGAUUUAUUUUGAGGGGUUGUUGGUGAAUGCAGAAUACUCGGUGUACAUACGGCUGUAGCUCGGAAUAUUAAUAAUAUAUUAUUGUACAUAUCAUUGACAUAUAUACAUGCAUUUGUUUAAAUGACGUCAUCCAAACACGUGACUUUGGAAAUGUGAAUAAAGUACUAUGUUAUGUAAACCGGAAGUGAUAGUUUAUUGUGUAUGUAAACAAACUUACAUUUUUACAAUCGUACCAGAAUGAAGAUUAUAUGAUGGGUGGAUGAAUGGAUGGAUUAAUAGGUGGAUGAUUGGGUGAUAUUUAAUAUGUUUUCUUCAUUUGUUGAUCAUGCAAUAAACUUAAUUAUAUGAAA